GCGGCGGCGGCGGCGGCUGUUUCCGGCCGCGGCGGGGCCGCCAUGGGCAAGAAGCACAAAAAGCACAAGACGGAGAAGGCGGAAUGGCGAUCGGCCGCCGCGCCCCCCACCUACAGCGAUUAUGUGGAUAAGCCCCUGGAAAAGCCCUUGAAACUAGUGCUUAAAGUUGGAGGAAGUGAGGUCACUGAACUCUCAGGAUCAGGGCACGAUUCAAGUUAUUACGAUGACAGGUCAGACCAUGAGCGAGAGCGACACAAAGAAAAGAAGAAGAAAAAGAAAAAGAAGUCUGAGAAAGAAAAAGAAAAACAUCUUGAUGACGAAGAGAGAAGGAAGAGAAAGGAAGAAAAGAAGAGAAAGAGGGAGAAAGAGCAGUGUGACACUGAGGGAGAAACGGAUGACUUUGAUCCUGGGAAAAAAGUGGAAGUUGAGCCACCUCCAGAUCGCCCAGUCAGAGCUUGCAGAACUCAGCCAGCUGAAAAUGAGAGCACACCCAUCCAACAAUUAUUAGAGCAUUUCCUUCGCCAGUUGCAAAGGAAAGAUCCUCAUGGGUUUUUUGCUUUUCCAGUCACGGAUGCCAUUGCUCCUGGAUAUUCCAUGAUAAUAAAACAUCCCAUGGAUUUUGGCACUAUGAAGGACAAAAUAGCAGCAAAUGAGUACAAAUCAGUCACCGAAUUCAAGGCAGAUUUUAAACUGAUGUGUGAUAAUGCAAUGACGUACAACAGACCAGAUACUGUUUACUACAAGCUAGCCAAGAAGAUACUCCACACAGGCUUUAAGAUGAUGAGCAAACAGGCAGCUCUUUUGGGUGAUGAAGACACAGCUGUUGAGGAACCUGUUCCUGAAGUCGUUCCUGUACAAGUAGAGACUGCCAAGAAAUCCAAAAAGCCAAGUAAAGAAGUUAUUAGUUGCAUAUUUGAACCUGAAGGAAAUGCAUGCAGUCUAACAGACAGCACUGCUGAAGAACAUGUCCUAGCCUUGGUGGAGCAUGCAGCAGAUGAAGCUCGAGACAGGAUCAACAGAUAUCUACCAAACAGCAAGGUCUACAACAUGAUGGGUUAUCUGAAAAAGAAUGGAGAUGGAUCUUUAUUAUUCAGUGUGGUUAAUUCAUCAGAUCCAGAAGCAGAAGAGGAAGAAACUCACCCAGUGGAUCUGAGUUCUUUGUCAAGCAAAUUAUUACCUGGCUUCACUACACUGGGCUUUAAAGACGAACGAAGAAACAAAGUCACAUUUCUUACAAGUGCUAGUACAGCACUUUCAAUGCAAAACAACUCUAUCUUUCAUGAUCUGAAAUCAGAUGAAAUGGAACUGCUAUAUUCAGCAUAUGGUGAUGAAACUGGGAUACAAUGUGCCUUAAGCUUACAGGAAUUUGUGAAAGAUUCUGGAAGUUACAGUAAGAAAAUAGUGGAUGAUCUUUUGGAUCAGAUUACUGGUGGUGAUCAUUCCAAAACCAUUUAUCAGCUAAAGCAGAGGAGAAACAUUCCCAUGAAACCACCAGAUGAAGUUAAAGUUCUGCCAGUUCUCAUAAAGGAAGAACACAGAUUGCGCAAUACCUGCCCAGACUCCUCCAAACAGAUUAUGGUUGGAGAAUCAAUUGGAGACAGUAACACUUCCGUUUUGGAUUUUUUGUCUGUGAAACCAUAUUCAGAUGUGUCUCUUGAUAUUUCCAUGUUAAGUUCACUGGGGAAAGUGAAGAAGGAGCUUGAUCAUGAUGAUAAUCAUUCUCAUUUGGAUGAGACAACUAAACUAUUGCAGGACCUUCAUGAGGCUCAAACUGACAGAGUGGGAUCCAGGCCUUCAUCCAACCUCAGCUCCCUCUCCAACGCCUCUGAAAGAGAUCAGCAUCAUCUAGGAAGUCCUUCUCAUCUGAGUGUAGGAGAACAACAAGACAUGGUACAUGACCCCUAUGAAUUUCUUCAAUCUCCUGAACCUGCAAAUGCCACUAGUAAUUAAUGUGUACAAUAUUUCAUUUUUUAUUUUUAUUUUUUGUUUUAAUUGUGUAACAUUUUUAUAAAGUUUUUGUCAAAUGGCAGAAACCUCAAUUUUGUCCUCUUUUCUGUGAGGAUAGCUGUAUAAUACCAUGCACAUUUGUAAAAUUUGCCUAGCUAAUGUAUCAUGUUGUCAACACCACACUAAAUAUUGCCUUCAUUUUUUUUUUAAAUAUAGUGGUCAAUAAGAAUCUCAAUAGGAGAAAAAACAAAUUGUGUGUUAUAGAAUGACAUUAGAUAAGUAGGAUGCGUGCAGUUCUUAAUAUAUAGAACAUCCUCAAGGAGGAAUAUUUAUUUUUCAGCAAUGACACGACUUCCUGAAUUGUGAUCAUUUUCAUGUUCCCACUCCCCUUCCAUCCUGUUCUGUAGAGAGGGGCUAUGUUUCUCUGUGUCUUAAAAUAUAGUUUCUUAACACUCCAAAAACACUUAAUUUGGAAACAUAAAACGCUCUGUAGCUGUCAUAUCAAACAGCUCACUAUAGGAGUUCUGCCCUGCAACUAAAUGGAGAUAAAUAUAUUGUGGUCCCUUUUAUCCAUGAACAGUACAGGGACCAAAUACCUAGAUUUUUUUUUUUGUAAAGGUAAUAUGUGUAUUUACUUGAAUGAAAGUAUACUGGACAAAAGGGUAUGCUUUUAUGUAAUUAAGUUUUUGUAAUUCAACACUGACGUGACAGGGUUUUUUAACAUUGAUAUUAUGUGUAAUCUAGAUGAAUGUUAUGCAUUUACAAUAUUUUGUAAAUAUUAACUUAAUAAAAGUCAUACAAAAAUCAA